AUGCCGGCUGGGCAUGCCUUUCGUGUCAGGGCCUUGUAUCGUCGCAUCUUGCAGUUACAUCGCGUUCUGCCCCCAGACCUCAAAUCCCUGGGGGACCAGUACGUGAAGGAUGAAUUUAGGAGACAUAAGGCCGUUGGUUCUGAUGAGGCCCAGCGCUUCCUACAGGAGUGGGAGGUAUAUGCAGCAGUGUUAUUCCAACAAGCUAACGAAAGCAGACAACAUUCAACUGAAAAAGCAUCUUUUGGAAUUGCUCUACCAGAAGAAAAACUUAACGACUUUCGUGAUGAACAGAUUGGACAGUUGCAGGAGCUGAUGCAAGAAACCACUAAACUCAAUAGGCAAUUUAGUAUUACUGAGUCUACAGAGCCAAAGUCUUAG